AUAUAAUAAUUGUUUUGGUUGCUCCAAGGGGGAAUACUUGUAGGAUGACUCUCUGAAUAAGGACGCCGAAAGUGCGAAGUGACUAGAUGUGAGCCGAAGCGCAGAACACUGGGUCGCGGGACGUGAGAGAGGUUGGCACGCACUCAACCUUGGGUUUCGAGAAGGCUACACCACCCGGAUGGGUGUUUGGUAAACCCAGAUAAAGUGGCCUCAUGAAUAGGAAUGCCUUCCAAAAUACUGGGAUUGGAGAUAAUGGAUAAAGAUCCACUAAUGGAAGAAGUCUUGGAUAAGUUUAUUAAUUCUCAUGAGCAAACAUAUGAAGAAUUUCUGAGCACUUUCACUCAUCUUUCCAAAGAGGAUAUCAUGACCAAAAGGGGAGCACUUGGGCUGGCUGCUUCAAACACAUUUAUGUCAGUAGAAUUUACUCAUAAAAAUGAACCACAUGACCACUGUCUUGGACAUACAUCCACUUCUCUCCGUACUUCAUCACAGUGUUUAGAAGAAGAACAGAUAGUGUUGGACGAGGGCCAAAAGGUUGGCAAUUUCUUUCAAGGUGAUCUGAACCGGGCUGGAAGGGUGAAGGUGGACAACUUCCUAGAUUUAGAAGAUUUGGAUGCGGAUGAGGAUACGCCCCAAAUGAGCAGGGAUUUGCUGCUGCUGCCAGGAGAAGCGGAUGAGGAUAUAAGCAGCACCGUUCCUUCUUACCUUCCUUCUGUGCACCAGCCUCUUACUGCUGAAGUGAAGCCGAAGCCCACCAUAAAAGGAAAAGAGCCCAAUGAAGAGGUACUAGGAGAUGAGGUUCAGCCCUUUUCGCUUGAUGAAGACUUUGAUUAUGACAAUGUGACCCUAACCCCCAAGUUCACUUCUGCAGAGAUAGAGACCAUGAAGCUGCUGCUGAAACAGGAGAGAAACAACACCAACACCGAUGCAGAUGAACCCCACAACUGACUUGCUCAAGCAUCUGUGUGUUUAUUUUUAUUUUGUUUGUAUUUAAACGACAUUCAAAUAAAAGAUGAACCAACCGUA